GCUGUGUCACAUGACUCCCCGUGACCAAUCAGACACGUUCAAUGCGUGCCAGCACAAGCAUGAGCGAGCGGCUAUAUAUUAUUCUAGUACACGCUAGCGUUAUUUGAAUGGGAAAAUGGUGUAUACAAUGUAAUAAAACUAUGGUUGAUUGUACCGUUUUCACCUACACUAACGAGGACUUUAUAAGCGAUGUUUGUUGUGGACAGCAGACCAGGUCGAGAUUUGACAUGGCGCUGCGGUGCGGAUGGACAGAGAAGAGAAACGCCGGUCUGUUCCGGUAUCAUCUGGACGAGCUGGAGACCCGGAUCCUCCCCGGUCCGUGUGCCUACAUCGCUCAGCUGAACAUCAUGAGGGGCAUCGAGAGACGAAAACCUCAGGACAUCCUGAGCGUCCGCCAGAACUUUGACCCGCAGCAGUUCAAUUUCAACAAGAUCAAGCCAAAAGAGCUGCUGUUUGAGCUACAGAAAGACGCUAGACGCCAUCAAAAUGGUUCAAAAAGGACGUGCAAAGUCAUUAUAAACGUAAGUCCGUUGGAAUUCGGUCACUGUCUGCUCGUGCCAGAACCGGACAGGUGUCACCCACAGAUACUGACACCUUGGGCGGUCCAGAUGGGGAUAGAAUCGGUUCUGCUGAGCGCUGAUCCAGGAUUCAGAGUUGGUUUUAACAGCCUGGGUGGUUUUGCUUCAGUCAACCAUCUUCAUCUUCACGGCUACUACCUAAACCACCAGCUGAGGAUCGAAACCUCCCCAGCAGAACCGAUCCUGCCUAAGAAAAACUUGUACCACCUUCUGGACUUCCCAGGAGGCUUUCUGUUCUAUACUCAGGGUCCAAACCUGGAUUUGACAGUCAAUGCAGUUUGUAGUCUCACUGAUAUUAUGGUUGAUAGGAACAUCGCACAUAACCUCUUCAUCACCCGAGGUUGCCCCCCACGGAGGGAGCGUGACCCGUCUGUGUCCCGGAAUGGGGUGAGGGUUAUCGUAUGGCCCCGGCUGUCCUGUUUUGGGGCCAAAGAAGAGUCGGCCUUCAACGUUGCCCUGUGUGAGCUCGCCGGACACCUUCCUUUCAAAAACAGAGAAGACUAUGAGACAGUCACUGAAGACGGAGUACAAGAAAUCAUCCGGGAAUAUCUGCUGCCCGAAGAAGAGUUAAGGGAAUUGCAACAGCAUGUCAUGAAAUGUUUAUAAAUGAGACUUUUGAGCACAGAUCUAAAUAUCCUGUCUCAAAACAAGGAAUCAGAAUACCUAAUAAAUGUUGAUGUAUUUGAAAUGAAGUGCUGCUUCGAUCAACCAUUCAUACA